AUCAUCACGACCAUCACCCGUUUUCAGUGACCCGAAGAUACUGUCAAGAUGCAGAUCUUCGUCAAGACCCUCACGGGCAAGACCAUCACCCUUGAGGUGGAGUCAUCCGACACCAUCGACAACGUCAAGUCCAAGAUCCAAGACAAGGAAGGAAUCCCUCCCGAUCAACAGCGAUUGAUUUUCGCCGGAAAGCAACUCGAGGAUGGCCGAACCCUGAGCGACUACAACAUCCAAAAGGAAUCAACGCUCCACCUUGUCCUCCGUCUCCGUGGCGGUAUCAUCGAGCCCUCCCUCAAGGCUCUUGCCUCCAAGUACAACUGCGAGAAGAUGAUCUGCCGAAAGUGCUACGCCCGUCUGCCACCGCGAGCCACCAACUGCCGUAAGAAGAAGUGUGGACACACCAACCAACUCCGACCAAAGAAGAAGAUCAAGUAAAGGUUGCGCGCUUGGUUUAUGGUGUGGUGCGCAUGGCAGGAGAGAUGCACAGCCAGAAAUGGGAAGGCUCGGCGUUUGCAUGAGAGAAGGAGUCAUGAUAUUGCAAGAGCAGAAAGAUCAUGCUAGAAAUGGUCUCCUCACAAUGACAAUGGACUGUUAGCUGCCGAGGCUAGAUCAAGUCAAAUUCAUUCAAAGCGCAUUACUUUGUCUUUCUUCGGCACGCUCUUCUGAGAAGUCAGUCUCCCAAAGUGCCAAUGCCUAAACUUGUUAGGCGCAUAAGAUGUGGUCACUCUAUGCAUGCGCCGGAAUUUAAAAACUGCGCCAGCACGGAGAGCCUAGACCUGAGUAACCGUGCUGUAAUUUCCC